UGCAUGCUGGCUGUCAUCGAUGUGGUCAUGUCUACCUCCAUUGUGCCCAAAAUGUUGAGCAUCUUCUGGUUCAAUUCCAGGGAGAUCGAGUUCACUUCCUGCCUGACACAGCUGUACUUCAUUCACUGCUUCUCAAUGAUGGAAUCCGGGACAUUCGUGGCCAUGGCGUUGGAUCGCUACGUGGCCAUUUGCUAUCCCCUGCGACAUUCCGCCGUCCUGACAAACCUCGUUGUGGCCAAGAUUGGGCUGGUCGUGUUGCUGCGUGGUAGCAUUCUCGUCCUGCCCUAUCCUUUGCUAGCGAGGCAGUGGCCAUAUUGCAGAACCAACAUCCUCCCUCACUCCUACUGUGAGCACAUCGCCGUGGUGAAGCUGGCCUGUGCUGACAUCCGCAUCAGUAGUUACUACGGCCUCUUUGUGGCUCUUCUCGUGACUGGUGUGGAUGUGUUUUUUAUUGCAGUGUCCUAUACCCAGAUCCUCAGGGCCAUCUUCAAGCUCCCCACAAAGGCUGCCCGGCUCAAGACCUUUGGAACCUGCAGCUCCCAUCUUUGUGUCAUCUCAGCCUUUUACUUCCCAUCUCUCUUCUCCUUCCUUACGCACCGCUUUGGCCACAAUGUGCCCCUGCAUUUCCACAUUCUCAUUGCCAAUGUGUAUCUACUAGUACCUCCUGUGCUGAACCCCAUCAUUUAUGGCUUAAGGACCAAACAGAUCCGGGACAGGAUCCUGCAGCUCUUUACUCAUUAA